AGGAUUAGAAGCUCCUGAGAAGAAAAUGAAAUGGGAUUUUUGGAUCAUGAGAUAACUUUUUCUUUUCUUUUAUUUUGUUUUUUGUUACUAUUUUUUAAAAGGGUUUGAAAGAAUUUUUCAGAGAAUCUAGGGAUUGGAUUUGAAUAUAGUUUUGAAUCCUAGUGAUGGGAAGUGGACCACCCCAUGUAUAAAGAAAUCCAAAAACAAUAGAAAAAGUCCCAUUGAAGCCUGGUUUGUCUUGGUUUGGCAAAGGAUGAUAAAUAAGCUUUGGUGGCAUGAAUAUUAGAAAUGUGAAAAGAAAACGAUUGAAAAUCCCAAAAAACUGCUGAUUUUGUAGUCUCAUGAAAUCCCCCUCCUUGGAUUUAAACAACCCAACUGCACUCAACAAGAGGAGGAAGUAAGAGUCCUCGUUGAAAUCCACUCUCUGACUUGGGUGGUUCCUUGGUAGCUGUACUUCUUCACUUCCUUGAAUUGUUUUUUUAAACAUCUUUGCUUAAGUUUCUGUAUCUCACAGUCGCCGCGAUCGUCGCAGAAACACGCCCUUCGUUACAGUCUUCCUGAAAGGACGGCCGAUCCUUCGGCGGCAGGACCCACUUAACAAGGCAUAUAAUGGCAUUAAACCAAGUGAAUGGAGCUGUGAACUGGGUUUCUUGAGCUCAUUUCAGUUCAUAGAGUUCAUGUUCCAGAUCUGCUUAACAGCUUAAAAACUACUGCUGUUAGGAAGUAUCUUAGAUUUCUAUAGAUGGGUCUUGUUUAGAUUUCUAGAAGCUACUCUUUUAGUUGAAAGAACUGGGUUUUGGUUUUUAGAUUUGAAGAGAAGAUAAAAACUGUUUUCUAUCAGUGUCCUAUACAGUAUAGAACUCUUCCUGCCUGUUUUUGUUUGGUUUGAAGAGGAGAAUACAUGAACUCUUAUGUAGAAGAGUGAAGAUUUUAGGAUUGAAAAUUUGAAAAAAGGAAGUUCGGUUUGGUUUCUCUCUUUCUUUUCUCUUAGUUGCUGAGAAGAGGGUUGGGGUCUAAGAGAAGAGGGAAAGAAAUGGAUGAGAAGUGUGAUGUGGAUAAGGUAGAUGAAGUGAUGCUGCCUGGGUUCCGAUUUCAUCCGACAGAUGAGGAGCUCGUUGGGUUCUAUCUGAAGAGGAAGGUUCAACAGAGGCCUCUGUCUAUUGAGCUUAUUAGGCAACUGGAUAUCUACAAGUUCGAUCCAUGGGAUCUUCCAAAAGAGCUGGCGACCACUGGGGAGAAGGAAUGGUAUUUCUACUGUCCAAGAGACAGGAAGUAUCGGAACAGCGCUAGGCCUAACAGAGUCACAGGAGCUGGGUUUUGGAAAGCGACCGGAACGGACAGACCCAUCUACUCCUCUGAAGGAACCAAGUGCAUAGGCCUGAAGAAAUCACUCGUGUUCUACAAAGGAAGAGCUGCCAAAGGGAUCAAAACCGACUGGAUGAUGCAUGAAUUUAGACUGCCUUCUAUCACCGAUUCAUCAAUGAACAAAAGGCCUGUUGAUAAAAACCUUCCUGCCAAUGACUCAUGGGCUAUUUGUAGGAUCUUCAAGAAAACCAACUCCAUGGCGCAGAGAGCUCUCUCCCAAUCUUGGGUAUCUCCACUACCCGAAACUACCAGCUCGGACAUAUUUUCGUACACUAGGCAUGGGACCCAGUUCACUUCAGAGAACAUCUCAUGCACUACUGAAGCUGGAUCGGCUAUCCAGUUCUGUGGUAACAGUGACUUACAUCAGUCCAAUGCUAAUUUCUCGUUACUAGAUAUCCCCUCCUACAAACCCAUCAAUCCAACUGUCUAUAAGCCGGCUCCACUCCCCAUCUUGACCACAGAAAUCCCCCCUGGCUUCAUGUUCGCCCCAGUCGAUAUGCCAGUACCCACAAAGUGCCAUGUUGAUGUCGCAUCUGUGCUUCUAAAUCUGUCUCCUUCGAUACUUGCGGAUGCCGGCAAAGGUUCCGCGAGCAUAGACUUUGGGUCACAGCAGCAAUGUAACAGUUUCACCGUCAAUCUACAGCAGGAGGUGCAUGGAAACAUGGAAAACAAAGAGGAGAUGAACACGAGCACAUGCCCCAUGAACAACCAGUGGGGAAGCUCAAGGACAGUUGGUUUUCCCUUCAAUCUGCCGUCGGAUCUGUCUGACGAAUGGAAAUCUAAUUCAAUUUGGGAGUCUCUCCCCUGCCCUAGUGAGAUGUCCACAAGCUAUUCCACAAACAAGUGCUACAAUUGAUGAACUCAAACAUACUCUUAAGUACUUAUAUAUUAGUACGAAGUAAGUCAAGAGUUCAUCGAGAAGGAUUCAGAUACGUCGUCAUGUAUUACUGUAAAUCAUGUCUGUAUUCGUAAGCUUGUGAAACAGAACACAUAUGUUUGAUUAUGUCACGCCAAUCUAUC